CAAGGCUAUAAGGACUUGACAAUGGUAAUUAUUUAAAAACUAAAGAAUUUGUAAACUUAAAAAAUCAGUACGAACUCACUCAAUUUGAAUCAGAAAAAAUAUCAAUUCGGUCACAUCGCUCGGCAACGCAGCAUGGAGAGCAUCGUCGUGACUCAUUUUGUGGCUGGCUUUAUCAUUCUUGGAGUUUUCUUCACUGGCCAGGCACAGUCAAACUAUUUUAAGAUUGCUGGCUUUGGGAGAAGAGUAAGUGGAACUGCGACAGAGAGAUUUUUUGAUGUUGUUCAAACAACAGAGUGUGUACUCAGAUGUAUUCGCACCAUCGGGUGUUUGUCGUUGAAUUACAAUCCAAUUACACUGGAGUGUCUCGUCUACACGGUGGACGGGUUAGAGAAAUACGACGAUGCUGACUGGAUAUAUGGUUAUGCAAAGAGAAGUACAUGGGGAGGUGCUGGAGUUUUUCAUGUGAGGGGUCAAGGAGGUACAUACACUAUACCUGAUCCAACCGUCGCUGAAUCCGUAUGUACCAAUAACUACAACGCCAAGUCACUUGCAACCCGUGACCAGCUAGCUGAAAUGAUUCCAAAUGGGUUCCACGUUUGUGCUUGUGGAUGGAUAGCAGAUGGAUCAUCUGUUAUUCCGUUGAAUUACACACAUAGCGCUUGUGGGAAUAGCGUUGGUGUCAAUACAUGUAUUUCCUCGGGUGGAUCAUUACUAACUUGGGGGGCAGAUGGCCAGAACGCUUAUUGUUACACAGAUUUCUAGGAUAGACCUAGAUACCAUCCUUACAUUUGUAAGAACACAUAAGAGGGGCCAGAGAAGGGUAGGCGGGGCAACCUUUAGAGUUUACAUGAUGAAUAAUAGUUAUACAUCAAAUAAACACUUUUUGGUGAAUAAAAACUUGAUAUGGUAAAAGUUUAAUGUUGUCAGUUUAUAUUUGAUCAAGUAAGAAAGAGAUAUGACUUCACAAUGUGUAUAGUUCAUCUGAGAGGGAUAUCCCACUAGAAUCUCAAUAAAUAAUGUCUGCAGUGAACACCUC